AGGAGGCAAGAAAAGCCAUUGGAAUAACGUGUUGGAAUGGUUUGGGUUGGAAGGGAUCUUAAAGAUCAUCUGGUUCUAACCCCCUGUUCCAACACAGGCCUGUUUAAAUUCGUAGGUUUGGCUCUGAAAGUGUUGUUAUUUGCACCUGGGCCUUAACCACUGUCUGGUGCCUUAUGAGAGACUGCUCAGGUCUGUCCUCCCAGGCUUAGGAAGCUGUUUGUGGGUGGCCUGGACUGGAGCACGACACAAGAAACUCUUCGUAGCUACUUCUCCCAGUAUGGAGAAGUUGUAGACUGUGUAAUAAUGAAAGACAAAACAACAAAUCAAUCUCGAGGAUUUGGAUUUGUCAAAUUUAAAGAUCCCAACUGUGUGGGAACAGUGCUGGCCAGCAGACCUCAUACGUUAGAUGGCCGAAAUAUUGAUCCAAAGCCAUGUACACCUCGGGGGAUGCAGCCAGAACGGACACGACCGAAGGAAGGAUGGCAGAAAGGAUCCAGGAGCGAUAACAAUAAAUCCAAUAAAAUUUUUGUUGGUGGGAUUCCUCAUAACUGUGGCGAGACAGAGCUCAGGGAAUACUUCAAGAAGUUCGGAGUGGUCACUGAAGUUGUAAUGAUCUAUGACGCAGAGAAACAGAGGCCCCGAGGUUUUGGAUUUAUUACUUUCGAGGACGAACAAUCAGUGGACCAGGCUGUCAACAUGCAUUUUCACGACAUCAUGGGCAAAAAAGUGGAGGUGAAACGCGCCGAGCCUCGGGACAGCAAGAGCCAGACCCCAGGGCCGCCGGGGGCCAGCCAGUGGGGGAGCAGGAUCAUGCCGAGCGCUGCCAACGGCUGGGCAGGGCAGCCCCCUCCGACCUGGCAGCAGGGAUACGGCCCGCAAGGGAUGUGGGUGCCAGCUGGACAGGCAAUUGGUGGAUAUGGACCCCCUCCUCCGGGCAGAGGAGCUCCUCCUCCUCCACCUCCAUUUACCUCAUACAUAGUCUCCACACCUCCCGGGGGAUUCCCGCCUCCACAAGGAUUUCCACAGGGCUAUGGCACCCCUCCACCAUUUAGUUUUGGUUAUGGUGCUCCACCUCCUCCACCUGACCAGUUUGCCCCCCCUGGGGUCCCUCCUCCACCUGCCACUCCAGGGGCAGCACCACUUGCUUUUCCUCCACCACCACCACCAUCUCAGGCAACUCAGGACAUGAGCAAACCCCCGACUGCUCAGCCAGAAUUCCCUUACAGUCAGUUUGGGUAUGGACAAGACUUGAGUGGGUUUGGACAAGGUUUCUCUGACCCCAGCCAGCAGCCCCCUCCCUAUGGAGGCCCCUCGGUUCAGCCCUCCAGCGGCCCCCCAGCCGGAGGCAGCGGCUUCGGCCGGGGCCAGAACCACAACGUGCAAGGAUUCCAUCCCUACCGGCGCUAGCCUGGGCUGGCAAUCAGGGAGUGCUGUCCACAGGGAUCUCUGGGACCAGCUGAACCCCGGGAUCCCAGACUUCUGAACUUGUGACAAUCACAUACUUGAUGGAAGAAAAACCUAACAACAAUUUUUUUUUGGGGGGUGGGGGCAGAUGGCUUCUGAAGGCAGAGCUGUGGGUGUUUGGACUGCAGUUUUUAAAGAUUUUUUUCCUUUCUCUAACCCAUCAGCACAAAUAAAGAAAAUGUCACUGGUUCAAACUACAGGGUUUUAAAAAUGUCUUCAGCUUUAAUUCAAAACUUCAGGUUUCUUUUUUUUGAAAUUAUUUUUCCUGAGCCUUUGUUUUACCGUAUAUUGUAAACUUUUAUGUUUAAAAGAAAAAAAAAUAUAUACAUUUACAGAUUGUGAAAUUUUUAAGAGAAAUUUUCUACUAUGUAUGCUGGCUUAUUUUUUAAUUUAAAACAGGGUUUCCGUGGGCGCUGUCGGGACGGGGAGGGGGGAGGGCUGCAGCCCCUCCCUCCCUGCCCACGGCAGCGCUGGGGCGGAGGGAUCCGAAACUCUGGGAGUUGACAGAAAUCUACUGAGUGUAUUUUGCUGUUGUUGUGGGGGGGCAGAGCUGGGCCAGGGCAGGGGCAGGACCUGCGCAGAGGCCCUCGUGGCUCUGGGCUCGGGUGCCCCUCGGGGUGUCGGGGGCUCCGCGGGCCUCGCGGGGUGUGGAUUUCCCUCAGGCAAAAGGUUUCGGCGCGUUGGGCACUGGAGUGCUGAGCCCUGGUUUGAAUAAAGACAAGAACCUUUGGAUUAGAAACACCA